UGCUUUGCUGAGCCCCAGCUCCAGGUGACGAUGUCCUUCUCUUGCAGGGCACCGAGCAGCACGCAGGAAGAGCAGGAGCAGCUCUCAGGACCUGGAAGCGCUGAGGUCUGCCAGCUCUGCCGGGAGGAGAGCAGCCGAGGCAAGAGAAAGAACAUCUGCAAGAACUGUGGUGGCAUCUUCUGCGAGUCCUGCUCAGGCAACGAGCUGCCCCUGCCCUCCAGCAUCAACCCCGAGCGCGUCUGCGACGCCUGCCACAAGCAGCUCAUCCAGCAGUACUCCAGCAGCCCCCUGUAGGGGACAGCUAGAGCAGAGGUGACAGAAACAACCUGUAGCUGAUGGUGGCUCCUGGAGUUGCUCAGGGGCGAAGAGAAGACACUUGCCUGGGUUCUGUGGAGGUCUGGGGUGGGAAGCAGCUUCAUGGUGUUGAGUCUCUUGUGGCUUCCUGGUACUAAAGCCCUUCUGCUCUCAGGAUGUCCCACGGAGCAGCCUCGGGGCAUGGUGAGAACAGAGAGCACCCCAGAGAGCUCUUGUGUGUCUGCCUGGGGGGACAGCCUUGGCCUCCAGUGUGUGCUCUCAGACCUGCUGCUGCUCUGGGCUCCCUGCCAGCAGGGCAGGAGCUGCCCCUGAAGUUCCAUCUCCCCUUCCCCAUGGCCUUGGACAAUCCAGCCCAGCUGGGCUGUACCAGUGGUGGGUGAGGCCCAUGGGCACCCUCUGGCUUCACUCCCUGGGCUCAGCUGUGCACAGCAGCAUCCAAUAGUCCAAGCUGUCCAAGUUCUCUGAGGGGCUGGGGUGGUUCUGAGGUGUGAGAACUGAGAACCUGCACUGACCUGACACACAAACACCUCGGGCAUCUCAGCCCUUCCCCUUGGAGACCCUCACUGUGACUUGGUGGCAGCAGUGGCCAAAGCACAGGCUGCCACUUUGCUGUCAGUCUCUGGGUGGUAGCUGGCAGGGCUUGGAUCCCCAAGUACCUCCAUACCAAAUCCUCCAGGUUCAGAGCCACCUCCAUCCACCUCUCCCCCACGGGCACAUGAAGAGGUCCUUGUAAGACAGCUGGCACCUCACCCUCACUUUGCUCUCACCUAGAUGAGAUGGGGAUGGCCUUCACCUACAGGGGAGUGCUGGUGGCAGCAGUUUGCAGGGUCACAGUUGCAGCUGCAUCAGUCUUUGUUGCUGUUUCCUCCAGGGGUUCCACAUUGCUCCCAAAAGCUGUGGUGGCUUCCUCCUGGAGCACGUAGGGGCUCAUAGUUUGGUCUGGGUUGUACUGGAAGCCACCUUCAGCCUCUAGGACCACAGGCUCUGUUGUAGUCCAUAGAAGUGACCUAUCUGUGACAGAUGCACUGGGGUGGCAGAUUCUCUUUGGGGUUAGGGGUUCAGCCCCUUAGGGGCCUUUUUCUCUUGCCUGGGCUGGCUGGAGCCAUGCUGAAGUGUCAGGUACGUAGGGGGUGCUCACUGGAACCCCCAGCUCCCUCUAGGCCUUGGGCUAUGCAGCCACCCAAGCUCUCCAGCUCCUGUUGCUGCCCCUCAGAGCCAGGCCCUGGCACAGGGGGCACCACUUGAAAUAGUUUCACUUUCCUGCUUUUUUCCCCUCCUGGCAGUCCCCAGAAGCCUCCCCUCGGAGUGCCUCUAGGGCUGUGGUGUGGCAGGGGUGCCAGCAGUCCCCCACUCAGAAUCUGGGGGUUGUUCAGUUCAGUGUGGAGGGUUUCAUGCACAGCUGGGAGAGCUCUGUUCUGCAUCCCACCCAGUGUGACUCAUC